AUGAAAUUAAUUAAAAUUAGAGUAUGGCAAGAUGUGGUAGAUGCAUUCUAUUUGAUUGGGUCAAUGAUUGCAAUAUUUGGAUUGUUUAUGACUAUUAUCCUCCCAUUCUAUAUCAUUCAAUCACAACAAAAGUUUACAGUUUUAAAGGGUAAUGGAGGAAAUAGUGUCUCUAUGAAGAUUGAUGAGUCAUUGUCAUCGUCAUCCUUGUCAAAGAUACAAAUACCAAAUUAUAAUACAUCAAUCAAUGUUACAUUGGAACCAAACGAUAAAGAUGAUACGUUGGUUACGCAUACUAGGACCAUUUCAUUCUCUUAUGCAUCAUUCAAAUCAAAUGAAAUGGCUCAAUAUGACAACAAAUCAUACACCAAUGAGACCAACCUUUGGUUUGACCAGAUGCUAGCUGCCAAUAGUGUUCGUAUGGCAAUGGUGUCGUGUCUCUCGGUAGCUGUCAUUCUCCACUCUUUCUAUCUGUGUUGUGGUAUCUUUGAACGUGACUGGCACUACAACUACAAAGAGUUGAAAUGGAUAACACUCGAAUUGAUGGGGUCGGCUCUCAUCUUGGGUAUCUAUAUUGCCUCUAUUCUCAAGAUUAUGUCUCUUCCCUAUGCCCUUCGUCUAGACAUGGUCCUCUAUCCAGAGUGUUUUCGUAACGGACAAUUCUACCAUUUUUGUACUACUCCUAUUCAAGGUCUAGAUAGAAAUUAUUCAGGUUUUGUAUUUGUCAGUUGGAGACUUGGAGGAUGUUGGUAUUAUCAAUUGGCAUUGACCCUCAUUCAAAUGGUUCAUGUAUUGAUGCUUAUUUAUCAUUUUAUUAAAUGGUCAAUCAUAGAAUCUGUCAACAAAUAUAGAUUAAAAAAACAUCCUCCUCCAAGACUACCACCUCCACCACAAAUAGAUAAUGAUAACGAUAGUAUUAAUAUUAAUAACAUGGAUUUGGAUAUGAAUAUGCAUAUGAAUAUGAAUAUGAAUAUGGGUAUAAAUAUAGAUAUGAAUGAAUUGAAUAAUAAUAAUAAUAAUCAAUUAGAUCAUGGUGAAGAUGUUAUAAAUCAAAACAAUAAUAAUAUCAAUAAUCCAGACAACGAAAAUGGAAACGAAAAUGGAAAUGAAAAUGGAAAUGAAAUCAUACCACCAUCUCCACCUCUGCAACCUUCACAACCACAAUUACCAAUAUAG